AUGUUCUUGCGCCCAGCUGCCCCUGAAGCGGCAGCGAAGGGCGCCAAGCGGCGCUGGAGGCUCCUCGACGCGGUGGACCCCGCCGCGUAUGCCAAGCCGGGCGAGCGGGUCCGCGCAAAAUUUCAGGGCGACAUCGGCGGCUUCAACUGGUUCCCCGGGACGGUCACCGCGGUGCACGACGACGGUACGUGCGACAUCUUUUACGAGGACGACGGCGAGUCCGAGGAGCGCGUCGCGCCUCGCUUCGUCAAGGUUCUGAGCGACGCCGCCGCGCGCGCCACGGCAGAGGAGCAGGCUCGACCCGAGCCCAUGCCGCGGGCAAAGCUUCCGCAGGGUUCGAUCGGCAAAGCAGGCGGCGGCAAGGCGCCGCUCGCUGCCUCCGAGGCGGCGCUGUGCAGCCAGCUCGAGCGGUGCAGAGCGGCGCUUGGUGGCGCCGCCCUCGCCGCCGGCGAAGCAGCUCUGUGCGAGGUGCUCGAGAUGGCCCGUCGCGCGGUGCCCGACGCGGGCCUCGCAGGCGGCCUCCGCGCGCUGCUGCUGCUCGGCCCGGUGCAGGCGCAGCUGCUGCAGGCGGUCGAGGCUGCCGCCGCGGCCCUGGCGCUCGACCCUCCGUUGCGGGCGGGUCCGCAGCUGACGAGCGGCGUCAGCCAGGUCCUCGCCAUGCCCGACGCGGCGCUCGCCCCUCCCGCUCGCGCCGGCCUCGCACACCUCCAUGCUCGGCUCAGCGCGGCGGCGGAGCAGGCGGCAGAGCAGGCGGCAGAGCAGACAGACGUGCGCGCUCCGCGCGACGACGUCUCGGCGAUCCCCGGCGCGGGAAGGGGAGGGGGCGAGGGCAAGGGGGGUGGCGGCAAGGGGAGGGGGGCUGCACCCGUCGCCGCAGCCGCGCCGCUCGCGGCGGAGGCGGUCGUGGCGGAGGCGGAGGGGCUGAAGCUGCACCUCUCGAGCAGCAGCGCCACCGGCUACAAGGGAGUGCGCGAGCAAUGUGGCCGUUUCGAGGUGCGGCACACGGCGAACGGGCGGCAGGUCACCCUCGGCUGCUUCGACACGGCGGUGGAGGGGGCGGUGGCGUACGCGCGGGCGGUCGGCGAGUAUCAGCCUCCGCCUUUUCCGACAGUGGCGACGGAGGCGGAGGGCUUGCGCUUGCACCUCUCGAGCAGCAGCAGCACCGGCUACAAAGGAGUGCAAGAGCACUCUGGCCGCUUCGUGGCGCGGCACAAGGUGGACGGCAAGGAUGUCUACCUCGGCACCUUCGGCACUGCGGUGGAGGCGGCGGUGGCGCACGCGCGGGCGGUCGGCGAGCCUCCCCCUCCUCCUCCGACGGUGGCGGCGGCGGCGGAGGGCUUGCGCUUGCACCUCUCCAGCAGCAGCGCCACCGGCUACAAGGGCGUGCACGAGCUCGCCUCUGGCCGCUUCCGGGCGCAGUACAGGGCGGGCGAAAGGAGGGCGGAGUUUGAGCUGCUGCCCGGCGAGCUCGUCCCAGUUUGGGACGGCUCCCAGCUGGUGUGA